AUGGCAAGCAAAAAGAGAGAAGUCCAGUUACAGACAGUUGUCAAUAAUCAAACCCUGUGGGAUGAGAUGCUGCAGAACAAAGGCUUAACAGUGAUUGAUGUUUACCAGGCUUGGUGUGGACCUUGCAAGGCAAUGCAGGCUUUAUUCAGAAAAUUGAAAAACGAACUGAACGAAGAUGAAAUUCUGCAUUUUGUUGUUGCAGAAGCUGACAACAUUGUGACUUUGCAGCCAUUUAGAGAUAAAUGUGAACCAGUUUUUCUCUUUAGUCUUAAUGGCAAAAUUAUUGCAAAGAUUCAGGGCGCAAAUGCACCACUUGUUAAUAAAACAGUUAUUACCUUGAUCAAUGAGGAGAAGAAAAUUGCAGCAGGUGAAAUGGUUCGCCCUCAGUAUCAUGAAAUUGCGUUAGUAGACUCAGAGACAGAAGGAACUGGAGAAGCACAAUAUGAAAGUGCUCACGAAUCAUACAGUAUUGCUAUUAUCAAACCUGAUGCUGUCAUUAGUAGAAAAGUUCUAGACAUUAAAGAAAAAAUUACCAGAGCAGGAUUUGUCAUAGAAGCAGAGGAUAAGAGAAUCCUCACUGAAGAUCAAGUUAUUGACUUCUACAGUAGCAUCGCAGACCAGCCUGAUUUUGAAGAGUUCAUGUCUUUUAUGACGACCAGCCUGAGCUGUGUUCUAGUUAUAUCUCAAAGAAGUGAACAAGAGCCUGUCUUGAAAGAAGCUAAAUCUGAGCCUGAAACAGAACCUAAAGAGCCGACUGAGGAUCAACCUGAUGGCAAAGCUGAGGACACACCUGUAGUGAGGAUGAAGCGAGAAAGUUUACAAGAAUAUCUGGAAAGACAACAUAUAUCUCAGUUUUGUGAUCUUGAAGAAGAUGUAACUAAUGUGACUAAGCUCAUUGAUAUCUUCUUCCCUGAUUUAAAAAAAAUGAAAGACAUGAAAUUAGAAAAAACACUGGCAUUACUUCGGCCGGAUCUCUUCCAUGAAAGGAAAGAGGAAAUUUUGCAUGUUAUUGAGGAGGAAGGCUUCAAAAUACUGGAUCAAAGACAAAUAAUAUUAUCAAAACAGGAAGCACAUAUGCUGUGCAAGGAAUAUGAACAUGAAAACUAUUUUGAGAAACUUAUAGAAUACAUGACCAGUGGUCCAUCUCUAGCCCUUGUUUUAUUAAGAAGCAAUGGCUUGCAACACUGGAAAGAGUUACUGGGACCAAUAACUGUUGAAGAAGCUAAUAAAAAUCAUCCACAGAGUUUAUGUGCACAGUUUGCAAUGGGAAGUUUGCCUGUCAACCAGUUGUAUGGAAGUGAUUCAUUAGAAACUGCUGAGAGGGAAAUAGAGCAUUUCUUUCCUCUUCAGAGCACUUUAGCAUUGAUUAAACCUCAUGCAACACGUGAACAAAGAGGGGAGAUCCUGAAGACUAUCAAGGAGGCUGGAUUCGAUCUGACACAAGCGAAGGAGAUGCUCCUAACUCAAGAGGAAGCAAACAAGAUUUAUUCAAAAAUAACAGGAAAACCCUUUUAUAAAGAUGUAUUGGAAAUGUUAUCUGAGGGUCCGUCUCUGGUCAUGGUUCUGACCAAGUGGAAUGCUAUUGCAGAAUGGAGACAUUUGAUGGGCCCAGUAGACCCAGAAGAAGCAAGACUGUUGUCCCCAGACUCUAUCCGAGCCCAAUUUGGAAUAAGUGUUUUGAAAAAUAUUGUCCACGGAUCAUCUAAUGCUUAUGAGGCAACAGAGAGCAUUGGUCAACUCUUUGAAGAGUUUGUUUCUGAGAAUCCCAAGGAAAACUAA